GCUAGAAGAUGGCGGAUGACAUGUUAUUCGGAGACAUUGCUUUAUUUGAUGAAUUUGAAAAAGAAAGAGAACCGUCUGGGUCCUUUUUGAUUUACGAAAAUGAAGAGGGUACUGUCACAAAUGACAGCAGGUUUGUGUUUCAAGAAAAUAGCGAAUCAUCGUCUGAUUCAGAGGACGAACAGAAACAGAAAGUAGAAGAGAACUCUGUAGCCUAUGCCGUUGGAAAAAUUAAAAAACAAAGCGCGAAAAGCGCACCUACAAACGGAAAUAAGGCUUCUUCAGACGGAGAAUCUUCCGAAGAAGAUGACGCGACUCCAGUUGUAAAUGAGGACAGACUCAGCCAUGCUGCCAAUUACAAACUGAAUUUUGAAAGAAACAAGUUCAAAAGAUUCUGCAACAUCUUAGAUUCAACAAGGUAA